GCAAACUGUCGACUCAUCUUGCUCAGCUGAGCAGCCGCGUUGACGAGAGCGCAGUUCAACCUCAACAUCUUUGUCCACCGAGUCCAGGACACAACUGACGCGACAUUGGAGCGAACAGGACGCGCCACUGAUGACGACACGGAGGGUGAAGGCAGCACUCCAAGAUGGCGCUCCCCGGUGGAAGGACGGCGGUUCGGGCUCUGCUCCGCUCCUGGUCCCGUCACGGAGCCGCCGCGGCGCGACACUCGAGCAGGAGUUGGUUACACCAGUGUCAGUUACAGACAAACACGUCGAGUGGGAAGGCUUCUCCGUGGAGCCUGGCGGCAGCGGUGUGUGUCCAGAGGCUUCCGGUCAUCUCGGCGGACAGCAGUGCCGUGGAGCAGGAGUUCGAAGGCCUGAUGCAGCAGAUGGAGCUGGAGAGGAGCCUCCUGUCGGACCACGAGCUGCGGCUGCUGGAAGACGCCGAGCGACUCCGACGGAAGCAGUCGGACGACUAUGACCCGGAAGAAGACGACAGCCCCAAAGAGCAGGACAUCGUGCUGACGCAGGACCUGGAGGACGCGUGGGAGCAGAAGAUGAGGAGCUUCCAGCCCGAGGCCCGGGUCCAAGCGCACGUGGACCAGGACCUGACGUCACCGCGCCGCUGCCUGGCCCAGUCACUGGUGCUGCUGACCCAGCGGCGCGUGGAGGGGCAGGACCAGUGGCUGCUGCCUCAGACUCGCUGGCAGGAGGGAGAGACUCUGCAGCUGACAGCCCAGAGAGCGCUCGCGGAGCUGCCAGGUGCCGACCUGAAGACCACCUUCUUGGGCAACGCUCCGUGCGGGGUCUACAAGUCCAAGCUCCCCCGGGCGCUCCGGACCGACACCUUCCUAGGGGUGAAGGUGUUUUUCUUCAAAGCCUACCUGAGCGACGGCGGCGCCGCCGUGACCUCUGACCCCUCACGCCUGUGGCUGAGGAAAGGCGAGCUGGAGCGCUUCCUCAGACCGGAGUACCAGGCCAAGGUGGACCGCUUCCUGCUGGACCUGUGAGGCGGGACGCUCUCAGCCUCCUCUCCUCGCUGUCGUUGUUGUGU